AUGUGGUCUUCAGUAUGCCCGCAUAUCGAGCUUCUUGAUGACAACCAGAUCGUUUUAACGGCAGCAGCUCAUCUAGCUCAGUUCAGACUCGUCCCUAGUUGGCAUACAUUCAUCGAAUCACACGAAUGCCUUUGCGAGUCGUAUAAAAAGCAAGGCUCUUGGGAUCGUUGCCUGCUCAAAAAGCUGGCCGAUCACCUCACCCAAGAACAGGAUGAGCUUCGGUAUGCCAUGAAAGCGCUCUUAUAUGUAUGUAGAAAUGGCAACAUCGUUGGCUUGCUUGGCUCCACCUACAACGACCUCUUCUUGCGAUUCCCCACUUUCAACAGCACCGAACAUGCCUUUGCCGUGGUCCUCGUUCAGAUUGCACAAACGAAUCUCAAGCGCAUGGAACCUCCAGAGGAGUUUGGUAGCUCCCGCCAUCUCGCCCACGCAUUUCAUCGACCCUACCGUGGCGACGCACCCAAUCGCUUCCUCACCUUUGUCUCUCGCGUCAAAGAGGACACUUCUGGAGGCUUUGGGCCCAAGCCUUGGUAUUACGGCACCUCCAUCGUUCAGUCGAGUGGCGCAGGCAAGACACGCAUGGUGUACGAGUGUCAGAAACUCACCCCUCUCCUCUACGUCUCCUUUGGUAAGAUGGGUGUCGAGGCAAACACCAGUGAUGGCUAUCCACUCGCAGACCAAAGUGUCCAAAGCUACUUUGAAAACACACAUGGCGAUUAUCCCCAACAGUCUGACCUUCAGGUGGCCUGCUUCCUUGCUGCCUGGUUCACCACGCUUGCCCAAGCAUUGAGACCUUGGCAGACCGACACCAAAAAGUAUCAACAUCUUUGCGAUCUCAAUCGAUUUGAACCAGUCUCCCGUGGCGACGAUCUGCCCGAGCCUCUUGACCGCUAUCCCCGUAAGAACCACUUCAAGGAUAUAUCCGAUCUCGCAGCGAGCAAAUUCGCAGCAGUUGCUAACACCGAUCCCAACAACUGCUUCCUUCUCGAAGGCCCGUUUGUAAAAAUUCUCACCAAGCCUCUUGUCGAUCUCAACGAGCAGCUAACCGCCGUCUCGCGUCAUCUGCGCUCGGCUCAAGAAGAAGCCGGAGUGCCAAGCCCUCCAGUGCUGGUAGUCUUUGACGAAUGCAUCGAGAUGCUUGCCAAACAGUUCAACCGUGGCUGGCAUCAGUUCGACUCCCUCCGCCGUGCUUGGAAGUUCUUUAGCCUGAUCGAGGAACAAAACCACACUUUGUGUUUCUGGUUGGUGCUCAUCAGCACCAGCAUCGAGGCCAUUUAUGUCCCCGCUCAUUUUGAUCCAUCGUCCCGUAUGUUGUCCACGCUACCUAUGCCUACCUUUGUCGGCGUCGGUGUCAAUCUGCUCGCCGAGGAGCAAUGUGCCCUCUCCUGCGCCUCGCAGGCGUCCUCGGUUGACCACCUCAGCUGA